GCUGACUGGGGCUGUGGCACGAGCUUCGAAGAACCGUCAGAGUGAAACAGAAAGAGUCAGUCCCACCUCAGCAGGGAGUCGGUGAAGAAGCAUUGUUAGGCAGUUGUACUUGAUUUGUGUCGAUUUCGUUGUAGUUUAACAUACUGUGUGUGACAUUUCAUUAAUAUGUGACAGCUCGCUUCACUUAAGUUAUUUAAAACCAUUGUGAUGAUUUUUGACAUGUCUUUACCGAAGUUUACCGCUGGACUUGGAAACUCGGCUACGUCAGCCACUGUUGUAGGGGCCGGGCUCAUUUGUCAGGGAGUGAACAACCAGAGCUACAUCUGUGAAUUGGGCCACUGCUGUGGAGAGGCAGAGUGCUGCAGUAACUACCAUGAGAUGUGGUGGUUCUGGCUGGUGUGGGCUGUGAUUAUAAUCCUGAUAGGCUUUUGUAUAUGUCAGCACUGGCGGGCCAAGCAGCGUUUCCAGCAGCAGCGCCGGCAGAAUGAGAUCAACCUCAUCGCCUACAGAGAGGUUCACAACAACACCCGGUUACCCCUCUAUCUUAGACUUUUGCCUGUCUACCUGCUACCAGCCUAUGAAGAGACAGUCAACCGACCAGAAACCCCCCCUCCUCCCUACACGCCUCUCCAGUUGGUACCACCAUCCUCUGGCGCUCCCGAGGAAGCCUUUAGCCCCCACUCAGCUGCCUCCAUCCCACCUGAUGCUCGUGUAGCGCUCGGUGGGACUCUGGAGACCACGCAGAUCUACUCCAGCAGUACCAACAGCCCUAGCAAGGACUCAACGCCAGGGAGGUACCGGCGCUUUACUGGAGAUUCUGGGAUUGAAGUGUGCGAUGGCCAGGACCAUCCAUGGGAUCAGCAUGACUUUUUUGAACGAGAAGAAAUGUUGGAAGAAGAGGGGGUGAGGAGAAUGCAAGAGCCGGGUGCCCAGCCUGCUGAACAGAGUCAUGUUGUUCCACCUGCUGCUGUUACCAUCCUAACAAAGUCUCCUGGCUGAUCAUAGUUUUCUUGUUUUUUCGGAACGUUGCACCUUUAGGACUAAGAAGUUUGCUCUCUCCGUGUACCUAUUUAUACAUGCAUAUGCUUGAAGAGGGUCUGUGACAUGACGCACAGUCUAGCUCAUAUUCCUCACUGCAUUUACCAAAGAGGAUUUAAGGAGGAUGAGGUGACAGCUUUACCUUCACUGUUGGGAAGUUGUUGCUGUAUCGCUAGAUGUUCCAAGAUGUAGGAAACUACAGCUACAACUAAAAAAACACCAAAAUGUGAGCCUCACCUGAGUGCCUGUUGUUUAAACCCCAGGGAUAUCUACCUUCAGGCACACAUAGGGAUGAGUGCUGAAACUCAGUAUGAACACGGCCAAAUACUAUGUUGUAAAAGAUUUUUCAUGCACACUGUAUUUUAGAUUUGAUCCCAACCAUAUUUUUUAAUAAACAUGUAUUUUUAUAAUUUAUAUGUAUUAUUGAAGCAAUGGUUAAACGUCUUCUCUAUGCCAGCUUUGUGUUGUAUCUCUGUUAUUGGGUUGUGGAUGUUAUCAGAUUGUAAUCUGGUUUGCAGUGCUACCACUGGGUGACCACUGACCACAGAGAUAUUCUCUUACCAAGGACUUCAUCCUUUACAGAUCCUUCUGUUUUCUUCAUACAAGCUUGGAGGCAAGGGACUGAAUCAGAGGGAAGAGUCAGAUCUGUUUGGUUCCUGUACUAGUUUAGUAGUUAGCGUACUUGAACUGGUUUUUGGUCAUAAGUUGUAUUCAAGUUUUAAAAAGCCGCACUUUUGAAACCACUAAACCUUUCUGUCUUGUCAUAUUGUACUAUUUAAGGUUGGGGAAGCAGAGAAGUGCUUUAAUAAUCAGGGUUGUGUGGAGCAUAGGUAUGCAGCACUACCCCUCCCCUACAUGUUGCUGGCCGAAAGACAUCUGCAUUUAUUCAUACUUACAUAAAAACCAGUUUAACAGUUUAGAGAUAUUUCAAGUUCUGAUAAAAAGGGAUGGUCAGGGCGAGGCAGCUGGAAGAGCCCAACCUUCAAUAUUAUUACAAGAACCGCUUUACAGCUACACUUGGCAAGCUCCAAGCUGUUAGGUAAGCCAAGAUCAUCUUCUGCAGUUAUGUUCUGAAUUGUUAUGUUAGAAAUGUGGUACUUUUACUCCAAAUGAUCAUAUGGUGGAAUCAUAGUGGGCCACACCUAGACCUUACUAACAGAUAUGAGAGAAAUUGGACUGUUGGAUUUCAGUGUGCUGUGUUUAACUGGAUAACCACACUUAAUUGGAGAGGUGUCGUGUCUGAAUGUUUGCUGUUAUGAUGGAUGAACGAGCUGAACCGGCAUCAAAGUGAAUGCAACAAAGAAGUCCAGACAUAAAGAAUACUUCAAGCUCACAUAUGUACAUGUAGUUAAUGACCUGAGAUGCUGUCAUGAUUCUUUUCAUGAUCAAAAUGAAUGGAUGUAUUUGUUGGUGGCUAUUCCAGCUUUAAGUGCUUUUAUAAAUGCAUCUUUUAACCUGUGUAGCUGGGAAAAUGCUUUAAAUGAAGACUUGACUGUCUGUUUCUGUCACACUGCUCUGACAUAUGGCAGCAUUUAUUUCAUGUCAGCCACAUCGGCUCAGGAGACAAUCACCACCAAGAUCACUGUACUUCACUGUAUGUAUAUUGAUGUGAUCCGAUUCAUGAGAGUUGUUCUGGUGAAGUCUGCUAAAAGCAUCUGUGCAGAUCAUAUCUGAGUGUGUGUACAGGAAGGAUAACCAACAUGUUGCAGGUCAAGGUUAUCCUCAGUGUAGAAAUGUUCAAGGAUGCUCACCUUGCUGGAAAACCUUGGAGUCAGUUAAGGGCUGUGGAACAGUGGAAGUGAUCUGUAACACUCUCUCUGUUCCUUCUAUACAUCUUCAUUUGCCUCAUCAAUGAAUGUAUUAUUGUACAAAUUCUAAUUAAAUGUUUGAAAAAUAA